GUAUCGAGUCCUAAAUCAUAAGAAGCAAGACAUCUCAAGCGCUGUAGAUACUUCCUACAACAUUUCCCUUGAUGUCUAAGAUUUGGAACCGGUAGAACAACACAACGUGAUAAAGUUCUACCAUUUUUUGACAUAAUUAUACUUUACUGAAGUCAUCGAACCUGAAGUCGACAUUCAACUUUGGAAUAUCAAGUUUUUUUCGUAAUUCUGUUCGGAAACGUCUCGUUUUUCUUUUUUUCUUUUCUUAUUCAGAUUUAUAUGAUAUCUCGUUAAUGUUCACUGUUGAGGACUGUCAAGAAAAACAAACGCUUUGUGUGUGUUAACACAACAAAACCAACAUAACAAACCACAAAGGGAAUAACAAUUAAAGAAUGUCUUUGCUAACAGACUAUUACGGUGUGGCUUUGGCAGUUCUCAGCCUAGUCCUGACGCUGAUAUGGUACUUGAAGAACUCGAGCAGCUGGCGGUAUCGUAAUCUACCACCGGGCCCCUUGGGGCUACCCAUCCUCGGUAUCCUUCCCUAUCUCGACGAGAAGAACCCUUCCGUCGAUGUCCUUCGAAUGUCCAAACGAUACGGGCCGAUCUUCGGGGGUUUUCUUGGAAGCCAUCGCGCCGUGUUCCUCAAUGAUUACGAUACAAUCAAAGAAACGUUCGCAAGAACAGAUGAUGUCUUCAGCGACAGACCGAGGAUAGCAAUAUUCGAACUCUACAGCGACGGACAAGGGGUAGCAUGUUGCUACCUGGAAAAUCACUGGAAGGAGCAGCGUCGCUUCACCCUUCGUGCCCUGCGGAACUACGGCAUGGGUCGUCUCCAAGGUUCGCUUCGGAAUGCCAUCGAUGUUGAGGUUUCACACCUGAUGACGGCGAUGUCGAAGAUCAAGAAACCAUUUGAUCCAAGAAUCUAUGUCGAAUCGGCUGUCUGUAAUAUCACCUGUAAGAUGGUCUUCGGGAGGCGAUACGAGUAUGAAGACGCCCAGUUCACCGAGUUCCUUCACAACUUAGAGAAGAUCUUUGAACUAUCCGGUGUUGCUGGAGUGGUCAACUACCUUAGCUGGAUGAAGUACGUCCCCUUCAGCGGCUACCACGCCUUGGGGGACUGUGUGCGACAUCUUGAAAACGGUCUCUUCACCAAAGAAUGCGAGGAGCACCAGAAGGUCUUCGACCCCAACCGCAGCCCCAGAGAUCUCAUCGAGGCAUUCCUCCUGGAGUUGCAUAAGAAACAACAGGAGAAGGUGGAAAAUAAUGGUGAAGAUAUGAGACCAACGGGGUUCAACCACCAGCAGAUGCUGCAUUUCAUCGCUGACGUCUUUGCAGCGGGUACUGAUACGACAGCUUCAACCCUGAAGUGGUCACUCAUUCAUUUGAUGAAGUUUGAGGAUGAGCAGCGGAAGAUACAAGAAGAGCUUGAUCACGUGAUAGGACGGGAUAGAAUGCCAUCUCUCGAGGACAAACCAAACCUACCUUACACUCAAGCCUUCUUAGCGGAGAGCUUGCGAUACGGUUGCGCAGGCCCUCUAGGUGUUCCUCACGGAGCGAAGGAUGACACGAAGCUCCGCGGCUACGACAUUCCCAAGGGGACCGUGAUCGUCGCGAACCUCUAUGCUGUGCUCUACGACCCAAAGGUAUUUCCUGAACCAGACAAGUUCAAUCCAUCACGAUUCAUCGAUGAAGAAGGCAGAGUAAAGACGUCGCUGAUUGAAAGGGCACAUUCUCAAUUUGGAAUAGGCCGACGACAAUGCGUUGGCAUGGACAUGGCUCUUAUGGAACGCUUUGUCUUUAUCACAAACCUCAUUCAUCGCUUCAACGCAAGGGCACCAAACGGACCUGACUCCGUCACCAUUGACGCAAGGGGUGGACUGGCCUUUGUGCCCAUGCCAUUUGAGAUGCAGCUGACGGAGCGAUAGCCUGCCUGAUCAACAGUAUUUCUUUCCUUUCAAAGCGCACGCUGCAUUUAAAAAAAAGCUGAGGCCAAGUAGAAAUGACAGCAUACGCUAUUCAUUCAAACAAUGUUUGUACAAAUUUACGUUUUGUAUGUCACCCACAUGUGGCGCGUCAAUGACUGCACUUUCUGCAUCAUCAGGUCCAUUGUAAACGAAGCGUUGUUUCUAUUACGCCAUUUGAACACGGACAUUCGACCACACAAAAACGUCGUACACUAAGAACUAGGCUAUUCAUCCACGAAAAAACAGGUAAAGCAAUCUAAACAAACCAAUUAGUG